AUGCCUCAGGGUUGCAACACAGAUGUUAACCAGAAGGACCACAAAAUGUCUCCUACUGGACAACAUCUACACAACACUUCUUUCAACUCCUCAUUCGACUUUGAUGCAGACAUGCUGUGUGCCAUGGACAAAAUGGAGGAAAACUACCAUCUCUCUAGAGCGUCCAGUGGACAGUGUACACAUGACAACAGCCCGUCCCUCCAGACUGUGCUGUGUGCUGACUCAGACACAGACAGUCCUGACGGCAGGGUGUCUGUAAAGCCCAGGACUGAAGCCAGGAAACCUGCAGCUGAGCCACUGAUGAGGAAAUUUAGCACCACAUGUACACCUACCAGGGAGAACACCAACAGGAGUUUUCUAACAUCGCCGACAUCUACAACUGGUGUGUCUCCCGGGGCCAGAUCCCAGAAUCCUUUGCUGCUGUCCUCCUGGGGACUGCCGGAAUCCGUGCUCCAGUGUUACCAUGACAACAGAAUAACUCAGCUGUUUGAGUGGCAGGCGGAGUGUCUGCAGACGGGGGAGGUCCUGGCUGGGAGGAACCUGGUGUAUUCAGCCCCCACCAGUGCAGGUAAGACCAUGGUAGCUGAGCUGCUGAUGCUGAAGAGAGUUCUGGAGACACAGAAGAAGGGCAUCUUCAUCCUGCCGUUUGUCUCUGUAGCACGGGAGAAGAUGUUCUAUCUCAAGAAGCUGUUGUUUGAUGCCGGUGUGAAGGUGGAUGGGUACAUGGGUGGUCAGUCUCCGGCCGGAGGCUUCAGCUCUGUGGACGUGGCAGUCUGCACGAUCGAGAAGGCCAAUAGCCUGGUCAACAGGCUCAUCGAGGAUGGCAAGACAGACCAGCUGGGUAUUGUUGUAGUUGAUGAGUUACACAUGGUGGGAGACUCACACCGUGGGUAUCUGUUAGAGCUCCUCCUCACCAAGAUCAGGUACGUCACCAGUAAGAACCGCACCGACAACAAGGCGGCCACAAACCCAGUACAGAUUGUUGGCAUGAGUGCCACCUUACCUAACCUGGACCUUUUGGCCCGAUGGCUGGAUGCGGAGUUGUACCAGACCGACUUUCGGCCGGUCCCGCUGACAGAGUGUGUCAAAGUAGGGACUACAGUGUACAACAGCCAGAUGGAGAAAGUUCGAGACUUUCACAGCGUUAUCAAUGUUAGGGGAGAUGAGGACCAGGUAGUUGGCCUGUGUUAUGAGACAGUGUCUGACGGACACUCUGUCCUGGUGUUCUGUCCUACCAAGAACUGGUGUGAGAAACUGGCAGAAACCAUCGCCAGGGAGUUCUACAACAUCAACAGGGUUCCUCCAGAGGAGAAACUCACUGAAGGUUUCAGCAAGUUGUCAGAGCUUCCGUACGUGCAGCUGAACAGACAGGUGCUGCAGGAUGUGGUGGAACAGCUGCGGAGGACACCUGUUGGGCUGGACCACAUGUUGGGGAGGGUGGUGCCAUACGGGGUGGCUUUCCAUCAUGCAGGUUUGUCGUUUGAUGAGCGUGACAUCGUGGAGGGUGCGUUCAGGCAGGGACACCUGCGUGUUCUUGUGGCCACGUCAACACUGUCAUCCGGGGUGAACCUUCCCGCCAGGAGGGUGAUCAUCAGGACCCCCCUGUUCCAUGGCAGGGUGCUGGACUCUCUCACAUACAAGCAGAUGGCAGGCAGGGCUGGCAGGAAGGGCGUCGACUCACAGGGUGAGAGUGUUCUUGUGUGUAAGGAGAGAGAGAGGAGUAAGGCCACCACCCUGAUCAGGUCUGGCCUCAGUCCUGUCCACAGCUGUCUGCACAGGGAGACAGGACAGGACGUCAGCUCCAGUAUGAAGAGGGCCAUUCUAGAGAUCAUAGCAGGUGGAGUAGCGAGGUCUCCAGCGGAUGUAGAGCGCUAUGCCUCCUGUACCAUGCUGGCUGCAGGGAUGAGUGAUGUCACCAGUGACAACACCAGUACAGACAGUGCCAUCCACGCCUGUAUACAGUUUCUACUGGAACAUGAGUUCAUCAGGCUACAAGAAGUCCAGGCUGAAGCUGACACCCCCAGUCCCAGUCAGGAGUACCAGCCCACCCAGCUGGGUUCUGCCACCCUGUCCUCAGCCCUGUCUCCUGAUGAGGCUCUGGUGGUGUUUGCUGACCUGCAGAGGGCCAUGAAGAGCUUUGUACUGGAGAAUGAGCUGCACAUUCUCUUCCAAGUGACACCCAUCUACACAGACUGGCCCAACCUGGACUGGUACCAGUACCUGUGUCUGUAUGAGAAACUGCCCACACACAUGCGGAGGGUAGCUGAGCUGGUCGGGGUGGAGGAGGGUUACCUGGCCCGCGCUGUCAAUGGCAGGGUGCCGGUCAAAACUCCCAAGCAGCUGCGCCAACUUGCAGUACACAAGAGGUUUUACACAGCACUGGUGCUGCAGGACCUUACACAGGAAGUCCCCCUGCCUGUGGUUGUGAAGAAGUAUAGCUGCACCAAGGGAGUUCUGCAGUCCCUGCAGCAGUCAGCAGCUACAUUCGCAGGCAUGGUGACAGUAUUCUGCAGCCGGCUGGGCUGGCACAACCUGGAGCUGUUACUGGCCCAGUUCCAGUCCCGCCUGACGUUUGGCGUGCAGCGGGAGCUGGUGGAACUGGUUCGCAUCUCGCUCCUGAACGGUCUCCGCGCCCGGACGCUGUUCAACGCCGGGUUUCACACGGUCGCCAUGCUGGCCGCGGCGGAGGUUCGGGACGUGGAAGUAGUGCUUAGAAACGCUGCUCCUUUCAAGAGUGGACGUAAGGCUGACGAUGAGACAGAGUAUGAAGCUAAGGAGAGAGAAACGUCCAGGUGUUUCUGGGUGACGGGGAAAGCAGGGCUGACCGAGGCCGAAGCGGCCAGGCAAAUCAUCCAGGAGGCCAAAGAGCUGGUGCAGCAAGAUGCAGCACUGAUGGGGAUAGACUGGCAGCCUCCUGUUUCCUCCGAGGAGGACAAGGACAGCUUACGAAGAAACUCAGGUGUGAAACCGCAUCCUUCAGAGGAAGACAAGAAUAACUUACAAAGAAAUUCAGAUGUGGGACCACAACCCCCUGCCACUUCAGAGAAAGACAAGGAGAGCUUUCGAAGAAACUCAGAUUUGAGACCUCUUCCCCCAGUCACUUCAGGGAAAGACAAGGGCAGCUCAGAAAGAAACUCAGGUGUUAGACUGCAUCCAGCUGUCACUUCAGAGAAAGACAAGGGCAGCUCAGGAAGAAACUCAGACGUGAGAUCACAUUCCACUGUCACUUCAAAGGAUAAGGACAGCUUACGAAGAAACUCAGGUGUAAACCCUCUUCCCCCUGUCACUUCAAAGGAGGAGGAGAACAGCUUACAUAGGAACACAGAUGUGGGACCACAUCCUUCUGUCACUUCAGAGAAAGAUGGCAAGGACAGCUCAGAAAGAAACUCAGGUGUGACCCCUCAGCAGUUACGCCUUCGUCCAUGCAUGACAGAUUCUGCUUCAACAAAGGUUACAGCUGACAAGCAACCUACAGGAGAGUGUGGACAACCAACUUUUCAGUCUGUGAAGCCUGGAGAUGAGCAUGUUUUUCGGAAAGGUGAUGGAGUUGUAGACAAGGUUUCUGUUAACCUCAUAAAGUCUCAGGAGGAUGGAAGCCUUGUUCCUGUCACAGAAACCAAGCAGGGUUUGGUUAAUAGCAAGAACACCCCACCAAAAGCACAUUGUGCAGCCAAACCUCCAAAGGAAAGCACCCCGGAGCUGUACUCCAUCCCGGAUGGGUUUGACGACACCUUUACUCUCGACACCCAGACUGAGCUACUUGUGGCAAACCUGUCUUCAAAAGAAGAUCUGCGCGGCAGUGGGUCAGUCAUUCCACAACAUGGGAGAAGCACACAACAUUCUAGUGACACUGCAAGCAAAGAGAUGGAGGAAAAAGAUGCUAAGGGAGAAAAUGACAUCUCCGGCAGUCCUAGUUACUCUCCUCUUUGCAACUACCACGGAACACCGGUGAUUGAACGUCAUGCCACACCACUGCAACCGUCUUCAGCCCUGAGUUUUGGUUCAGCGGACUCUCAGUUGGACAAGUUCAUGUGCGACUUUGUCACUCAGCAGGACGCGGUCGCGCACACAGCCUCUCCGCUUCUCAAGGUCAAAAGGUCACUUCAAACAGAGGAUAAUCUUAUCACGAAUUCUUCAAAGGGAGGUCCUCAUAAUGAUUUGAUAAGUUCUCCUCGGGGCAACAAAGAACAUUACCAGUACCAGUCUCAAGAACUGUUUGAAUCUGAGCCAUCUGCUGAAAACAGCAUCUCUUCAAAAACGUGUUUAAGCCAGGACUGUGAACUGUUUAACGAUUCUGGUGAAUUCAUUCCUGCUAGCGAUUUUGACAGAGUAGGUUUUGCUAGUCAGGCGGAUGUAUUUGAUGGUAGAAUUGCGCAAUCGUUGCAGUCACCAGACAAGUCAAAAGAAAAGAGAAAUGUGGAAAAUCUUCUUGGUGCAACUUCUAAAGGUUUAGGCCAUAAGACAAAAUUUUGGGGACAGCAAAGCAACUCAUCAAGUAAGCAGAAAUUGGAAGAGCUGGGCAGCUCUUUAGUUAUGAAGACUGCUGGUCCAAACCAAGAAGCAAAAGAAGAAGUUCAAGUUCAGGGUCAAUCUGACUACAAGUUCCUUGAGGAAGACCUGGCCUUGGCUUUGGAAAUGAGCGCGUCUUUUGGUUCUGUGUCUCCGAAAGAAAACUUGAGAAAACACAGUAAUGCCUCACAGACAUCUGGAGAAAGUCUUUCUGCUUUCCAUACGAUUACGAGGUCUCUAACAGCAAUAGACCAUAGCCAUAGCUUAGAGGACAACAGAUCAGGCAAUGCUCAAGGGAUGGUGCAAGAUGCAGGUAGAAGAAGAGAAACCCAAAAGGAAACGGAUGACAUCUCUUUUGGUGAAGACUUAGACUUAGCCCUGUGUUUGAGUGAGUCUUUUGGAGAGCCUGUGGAAAACUGCAGCAGAGAGAAGACGCAGCAAGCUGUUAAUCUCUCAGAUGGGCCGGCUGCAAACUUUGACAAAGAAAAGGCAGUCAGAUCUGUUCCAGAUUUAGGCAAAGUUAGCAGCUGUGAUAGAGAAACUUCCAGUCUAGAUACAAGGAUGCAGCAUGCAAAAAGGUAUGGCAAAACAGAGCCUGUACAAUACACUAGACUGUUGGAAGGCAAAGACCCAAACAACGAGAGCAUAGGUGAAGAGAAUCCAUGUAACCUCAGCCCUGGAACAGCGUCUUUUUUGAACGACUUGAUUUCCUUGACUAAAAACGGGAAGUACAAUCAACAUCGCGGGAAGAGUAAAAAGGAGGCAGUGCCAGAAAGAAAGGCUGCAGAGAAAGACCACAAACAACAGAGAAGGAAAAGGAGAAGCAAUGAGAUGUGUGACAGCAGUGAUGAUGACGGUAGGAAAGUUACACCUCCUAAACGUUCCAGGCAGGUAGGAAAGCCAUGUGGAGAGCAUCAGCAAGAGAAGAGAAGUGAAUCGAGAGCACUUGAAGUUGAAACGACGCCAGAGAAGGAGGUUGGAGAACGACCGAACAGUGUAAAUGAGUGUGUCCCACCUACACCACCUAAGGAAGGUAAGACCAACACACCAAGAUCCUACAAGAUGUACACUCCCAACAGGUACAGCCUAAGGGCCAGGACUCCUGCUACUUCAUGUCAACAGUCAAAAACAAGUCUAUCUCCAACAAGCAAAAACAGUCCUGUUUUGCGCAAGAGGCAAAAGACAGGCUACAGGCAAGGUAGUUCUUACAUGGAUAAAGCCGGUACACCAGACAGACAUACAUGUAAAGAACAGGCUAAGGAAGUAGACAACCUUCUCACCACGGAAAGUGAUGGCUCCUUCCGUCCCAGCAGUCCAUGUAGUACCCCAGACCCAGACUUCCUGCCUCCCAGCAUGCCCUCCUCGGGGUCGUUCUGUGUCAUUGAUGUGGCGGCGAACCGAGACCUGUUUGAGACAUUUGUGGCGGAGUGGAAGACAAAGACACACUACGCCAUCGCUGUGGCUUGUGAAGCAUUACCUACACAAGCUGCCCAACCUGGAGGUGGGAUUGGGGCCAAGUUUAACAAGGGUACCAGUGUGAACAGCAGGCAGCCUGCACCAGAAGUUGACGGUAUCCCUCUGGAGUUGGAGGGAGUUGUGAUAGUUGGUGUUGGUGUGUGCUGGGGAGAGAAGGACGCCUACUACAUCUCUCUACAGAAACAUGCAGGGCAUGAGGAAGAUACAACUGAUGAGAUGAUCCCCCCACCUCUGGAUGACCGUCUCUCGGUGGAAGAUCGCCUUCACAGCAUCAAGUCGGUGUUGGAGAGAGGAGCCAAAACAAGGGGUCGUACUAAGAUUACUAAGAUUGCCUUUGACCUGAAGCCCCAGUACAAGGCCCUAGCUGUGGGAUGUGGCAUCACCAUGCACGGAGACUUCAGGGACCCCAAGGUAGCUGAUUGGCUGUUGGAUCCGGGGGCAAAGGUCAAGAGCUUCCAUGGAACAGUGCAGAGGUUCACCCCUCAGGAGUCGUACUUGCUACAAGGACUAGGCGGGUGUUUUGGUGUAGGAAGCCUGGCUAUGACAGUACAGAACCCAGGGUCUGGGCGCAUGAGAGCGGCGCUGGAGUGUGUUCUCACCUUCCACCUGAUGGAGGAACUGGACAGGCUGCUGGAAACACACGGGCUCACAGCAGCUUUCAGAGAUGUAGAGAUGCCGUCCCUGGUUACCCUGGCCCGUAUGGAACUGAACGGAGCUGGGUUCAGUCGUGAGGAGUGUGAGACCCAGUGUGAGAUCAUGCAGGCUAAACUCAGGCUGCUGGAGGAACAGGCUUACCAACUGGCUGGGCACACGUUCGCUCUGACCAGUCCUGAUGACAUUGCACAGGUUCUGUUCUUAGAACUGAAGCUGCCAGCCAACGGGGACCCUUCCUCCACAACCCACCCCCAGCCAAGAAAGACGCUUGGUACGGCCCGCCCGUCCCGUGGCCGCAGACCACUGAAACAUCUCAGCACGUCUAAGGACGUUCUGGAGAAACUGAGGAAGUUCCACUCUCUCCCGGGGGUCAUUCUGGAGUGGAGACGCAUCUCCAACGCUCUCACUAAAGUGGUGUUUCCUCUGCAGAAGGAGAAAGUGUACAACCCGUGGCUGAAGAUGGACAGGAUCUAUGGAGUCUGUGACCUUCACACAGCGACCGGCAGGGUCACCUUCCACGACCCAAACCUGCAGAACAUUCCUAAGGAUUUUGAGAUUGAGAUGCCGACCAUGAUCGGGGACAGUCCACCGGCCGGCUGUGGGGAGACUGUCGGAAGGAGGAGAGGGAGGAACGUCGUGGGGAGAGCGGACGGGAGGAAAGUGGAGUCAGAUGGAGCUGGAGACGCCUUCUCAGUCAGCAUGAGACAUGCCUUCAUCCCCUUUGAAGGUGGCGUGUUGCUUGCUGCUGACUACUCCCAGCUUGAGCUGAGGAUCAUCGCACACCUAUCCCAGGAUGCCAAGCUGACCCGGGUGCUGAACAGUGGCCAGGACGUGUUCAGGGCCAUCGCUGGUCAGUGGAAGGGUCUGGAUGUGGAGGAGGUCAGCGAUAAACUCAGACAACAGGCAAAGCAGCUGUGUUACGGUAUGAUCUACGGAAUCGGAGCCAAAGCCUUGGGAGAACAGCUGGGAGUGGACGAGGAGGAGGGAGCCUGCUUCAUCGAGACCUUCAAGUCCAAGUACACAGGGAUGCGUCGGUACCUACACACGACAGUGGAACAGUGUAAGAAGGCGGGUUAUGUCCAGACAAUGGCAGGACGCAGACGAUACCUGCCAGGUAUCACCGAGGGGAACCACCACGUCCGCUGUCAUGCUGAGAGGCAGGCUGUCAACACUACAGUUCAAGGUUCUGCUGCUGACCUGGUGAAGAAGGCCAUGGUGUCGAUUGACCAGAAACUGCAGAAGCUGUUUCCGGCCACCAGGGGGAGCCACAGGCAUGCUGACAGCACUGCUGCUGAUACUCAAAAGAGGAGAAGCCGGAGGCAGUCCCAUCAGCCAUCGUCAACCCCCAGGGGAGCCUACCUGAUCCUGCAGCUUCACGAUGAGCUGAUCUAUGAAGUCCGGAGGGAGGAUGUACAGCAGGUGGCACAGCUUGUGAAACAUGAGAUGGAGAAUGCCAUGAAGCUGUCUGUUGUCCUUCCUGUGAAGGUCAAGGUGGGACCAACAUGGGGCAAACUGGAGACACUGGACAUGUGAAUGAGUUGAUAGUUAUAGAGUUUAAGCUUGUUCCAACACAAAGAAAGAACUCACCAUAAAUUUUCGGUUGAUCCCGUCAACCUUUGU